GGCCUAAAACCCUGUUUCUCAAAUUAAAUAUAGCGAGCAAAGCUGAAGCAAAUGGUGUGAAUUGGGAGUUGAACGCGACAGUGUGUUUGGAGCCAAAGCCAUAGAUGAUGAUGACAGAUCUGAAUACAAAUGAACUAGACGUCGAGCAAUCCAUGGAGGGCAUGCUGAGUUGCUCAGCAACAGAGACGACAUGUGCGAUCAGGAAGGAGAAGAGAAAAGCGGCAAAGAAGGACAAGAGGAAGCAGAAGAGGAGGGAGCUGGCGGAGAAGUUACGAAUAGAAGAGGACGCUCGCAUCAACGAUCCGGAGGAGCAGCGCAGGAUUCAGCUGGAGGAGGAGGCGGAGAAUCAGAGGCUAGAGAGAGAAAGGAAGGAAUUCGAGGAGAGAGAGCGGCUAUUUCUCGAGGAACUAGCUCGCAGAAAAGCUGAGGAGGAAGAAGAAGAGCGGAUAAGAGCUAUUGAAGAAGAAGAGAGGUUGAAACAAAACCAGGCUGCCUGUGAAAACGAAGAAAAGGACGAUGAAGAGUGGGAAUAUGUAGAAGAUGGGCCUCCUGAAAUCAUAUGGCAAGGAAACGAGAUAAUUGUCAAGAAAAACAGAAUUAGAGUGAAAAAGAAAGAUGUGGAACAUCUGGCCGUUAAAGAGGAUCCGUCUAGGCCAACUUCAAAUCCUUUACCUCCACAAUCUGAAGCUUUUGACGAAUACAAUAAUGCUUCCACACUUUCAGCACAAGGGCUGUUGGAAAAUGUUGCUCAACAGACUCCAAAUUUUGGGACAGAACAAGAUAAAGCUCAUUGUCCUUUCCACAUCAAAACAGGAGCUUGUCGCUUUGGGGCACACUGCAGCCGUAUUCACUUUUAUCCUGACAAAUCCUGCACAUUACUUGUGAAAAACAUGUACAAUGGACCUGGCCUUGCCUGGGAGCAAGAUGAGGGGCUUGAGUGCACAGAUGAGGAGGUUGAACAUUGUUAUGAAGAAUUUUAUGAGGAUGUGCAUACAGAAUUUUUGAAGUUUGGAGAGAUAGUAAAUUUCAAGGUAUGCAGAAACAGUUCAUCCCAUUUACGGGGGAAUGUCUACGUGCACUAUAAAUCAUUGGAUUCCGCUGUGCUUGCUUAUCAUUCUAUAAAUGGUCGUUAUUUUGCUGGCAAACAGAUUAUAUGUGAAUUUGCUAGCGUGACAAGAUGGAAGGUUGCUAUAUGUGGGGAGUUUAUGAAAUCAAGGCUUAAGACAUGUUCUCGUGGAACAGCAUGCAAUUUUAUCCACUGUUUCAGAAACCCUGGUGGAGAUUAUGAAUGGGCAGAUUGGGAUAAGCCACCCCCAAAUUACUGGAUAAAAAAGAUGGCUGCAUUGUUUGGCUAUUCAGAAGAGUCUAUCUAUGACAGGCAAAUUGAGCGAGAAGACUCUGAACAUAUCAGGCAUCACUCUGAAAGAUCUCAGUCAAGAGAGAGUCGAUGGUCUCGAUCAAGAGAGGAUAGGAGUUUAACAAGCCAUAAGGAACACGAUGUUCGAAGAAGAGAACAUAGAAAGCACCCCAAAGGUGUUGAUGAGAAAAGAUGUGAAGAAGAGAGAAAUUCUAGAACUAACCAGCGUCAUAAAAAUAGCUCUUAUGAUGAUAGCAAAUCUGACAGACAUUGGUCGGCUAAACAUAGAGAUGGACUUGACCACUGUGAUAGCACCAGGAAAAGAUCAAGACAUCCGGUGUCUGAAAGAUCAGAAUCUCAAGAUCGUCGUGAUGACGGGAAGAGCAGAAGUAGUAGCACUGAUUCUGAUUCAGAUUCAGAUUCAGAUUUGUUUGGCAGAAAAAGAGAGGGGGAUGCUGAACUUGGACACACUACAAAGAACACAAGACAUGUAAAGAAGGCACCCGAAGGCCUAGAUGAUUUGGCAUACAGCAAAAGUAGAGCAUACAGUACUGAUAGAAACAGAGAAUCACACCACAAUGCCAGGGGAAGAAGCUCCAGUAAAUAUCAAAACACUGUGUCUGUAUCAUCAGAUGAUCAUUGGGAUAACAAGACCAAAUCUCCUCGUAGAAAUGCCAAUGGAGAUCAGACUGCUGGGGUCAAAGAUAGCCAGCGAGCAAACAGCAGGAAAUCCUCAAGGUGUUUGAAUGAAGUCUCGCUUGAUAACGAUGAUGUUCAAGAAUAUAAAAGAUCCGACGAGGAUCAUUCUGGGUAUGUGGGGAGCAUAUCCCAGAGUCCCAGAUACCACACUGGUGAAGAUAUUGAUGAAAGAGGCAGGUGGGGAGCAUAUGGGAAACAUGUGGAAUCCAGCAAGAGAAAGGCAUCUGAUUAUAGCCAUAAGGAGCGUAAGAAAAAGCACAGAAGUCAUCACAGCAGAAGUGAUAAAGGUGAUUCUUAAAACGCGGCUAGUGGAGAUAUAUAUAUACUAUCUGAUAAACGUUGAAAAUAGAUUCUGUACAUUCAUAUGCUUAUCUUGUUCAUACGCAAUUACACGCAUGAGACCAGAGUAGAAUGUGAAAUCGUUCUUCCCUGCCUUUUUCUGAGUUAUGUGCUCUUAUUUGUUUA